AUGUCUGCGGUAAAACCUGGCGAGCUUCCUAUUGGGACACCAUCCGACUCGUCGGAUUCGGUCAACAAAGCCGGACCUAAAGAAUCAGUCACUUCCGCAACUGUUGAGCCGCUUGGAAAGCCUCGGCCUGAGAGAAGAUUCUGGUUUCAAAAGAGACAGAAUUACGAUCCCUCUGCUGUUGGAACCCAACCCAGUGUCUACGAUGAUCCCGCAUUAGCUGCCCAGUAUCAACCGCGUAAAGACUGGGAGAAUAUUCACCGCUUCAACCCUUCAUCAAGAUGGACGUGGGCCGAAGAGGACGCAGUUGUGCGAAAGACAGACUGGAGAAUCAUGAUAUGGGCUUGUAUUAUGUUCAUUGGCCUCGAAAUUGACCGGGCAAACUUGAGCCAGGCCUUGACAGACAACUUCCUGAAUGACCUGGGAAUGACGACGAAUCAUUACAAUAUGGGCAACACCGUCUUCUCAUUGUCCUUUCUCUGUGCCGAGCUCCCCUCUCAGCUGAUAUCGAAGUGGGUUGGACCUGACCGCUGGAUCCCCGCUCAGCUUGUCCUUUGGUCUCUCGUGGCUGUUUGCCAAUUCAAGCUCAACGGCUACACAUCUUUCUUGAUUUGCCGUUGCCUACUCGGUCUGCUUCAAGGAGGCUUCAUACCCGAUAUCAUCCUGUACCUGUCAUACUUCUAUAAGCAUGCCGAGAUGACAAUUCGCCUCGGAUUCUUUUGGAUGGCAAUGACUUUCGCAGACAUUUUGUGCGCUAUUCUGGCCUUUGGUAUUCUUCACAUGCGAGGCGUCCUUGGAUAUGAAGGAUGGAGAUGGCUGUUUCUGAUCGAGGGGCUGUUCACCAUGUGCAUCGGCUUUCUCUCGUUUCUCUUGAUGCCAGCAGGUCCGACUCAGACCGCGAGCUGGUUCAGGGGUAAAGCAGGAUGGUAUACUCCCAGAGAGGAAGAGAUUAUGGUCAACAGAAUCAUUCGUGAUGAUCCGAAUAAGGGGUCCAUGCACAAUCGCCAGAGAAUCACUAUCAAGUUGUUGUGGAAGAGUAUGUGCGACUACGACCUAUGGCCCAUCUAUCUCAUCGGCUUCACAUUUCUUGUUCCGGCCACUACUCCAAAGCAAUACCUUACACUCUCACUCCGAGGGCUCGGGUUCGACACUUUCCAUACCAACUUGCUUGUCAUUCCUCAGCAGGUUCUAGGCACUAUCUCGAUGAUGUUGCUGCUGUGGGUUGCGGAAAGAACGAAGAACAUCCUUGCCUGGGCUGCUUUCUCCCAGGUCUGGAUGCUUCCGUUCCUCAUCUGGCUUCGAGUCGUCGAUAGUACCAAAACGUCAAAGUGGGUAGUCUGGCUCGUCAUGACACUGAUGUUGACGAAACCAAUGCCACAUCCAAUGCAGGUAAAUCUUGUCUCGCGGAACUCCAACGCCGUCAGAUCGCGAACGGUUUCCGCUGCGCUUUACAAUAUGACGGUCCAAGUCAGCAAUAUUAUCGGCAGUAACAUUUACAAGGCCGAUGAUUCACCUCACUACCGCCGAGGCAACAGUGUUCUUAUUGGUAUCGUAGCUUGGAACCUUAUACUCUAUGCGGGCGGCAGGAUCUACUACAAGUGGCGCAACAGAGUCCGGGCUGAGAAGUGGGAGGCCAUGCGAGCGGAUGAAAAGGUUGCCUAUUUGGACAAAAAUGACGACUCAGGAAGCAAGCGAUUGGACUUUCGGUUUACGUACUAG